UUUAGUUGUUUUUGUUUGUGAUUAAACAGUAGUGUAACUAAUGGAGAAUGAGAAGAGAGCUGAGCUAGUGAGCUUUUUGAAAGCUGUUCCCUCUGUAGAAUUCUGCUGUGUUUAUGGUUCCACUUUGCAUCCAAACAAUAAAGACAAGUCAGCCAUGGUAGAUUAUGUUCUCGGAGUGUCGGAUCCUCUGCAAUGGCAUUCUCGGAAUCUGAAAAUGAAUGCAGAUCAUUAUGCUUCGUGGUUGAGGUUGCUUGGCGGGGCAAAGCUGAUUACACAAAUUGCAGAUGAAAUAGGGGUAGGAGUACACUUCAACCCGUUUGUUACCUGGAAUGAUAAGAUGUUGAAGUAUGGGGUUGUUGGAAUGCAUGACUUGGUUCAGGACAUGCUGAACUGGGAGAGAUUCUAUUUAAGUGGUCGUCUACAGAAACCGGUACACAUACUUGUGGAUAAUCUGGAUAUGGCAAAUACAAACUCUGUUAAUUUGAGGGCUGCAUUGUCUGCUGCUCUUCUUCCCUUGCCCUCCAAGUUCACAGAGGAAGAUCUGUUUGCCAAAAUAUGUAGCCUUUCAUAUAUGGGAGAUUUGCGUAUGCUUUUUGCAGAGGACAAAAACAAGAAGAUUGUGCAAGGACAGUUUGAUUUAUUCCACUUAAUGUAUAAGCCAUUUCUUGAAGAAUAUGAGGCCAAAGACUUCUUGAGAGUCUCAUCAUCUGGGACUGGCCACGCAAAUAUAUCACAGGAUUGUGGCUUGCCAGUCACUUGCUCCCUCGUGUCUUCUCUUCCACCUGCAAUUAGAAGUCAAAUGGGGAUGAAGCUUGGAGAGAAGAAGAGAAUUUCCAGUACCAGUCGAGCUAUAAAUGAAGUUAUAAUUGGUUCGAGAGAAGAGGCAGCUAAAUGCAUGCAGAAGGUUCUGCGACGAACCGUAAUGGUUUAA